UCAUUUCACCCAGCCACCAACCCCAACCCCCAAAAACCACUCCUUUUUUUACUUCGAUUUCAUCGCCGCCGCCGCCGCCGCCGUCCGCCACAUGGAGCUCCUCGCCGGCGCCGCCUUCGCGGAGAGCGUGGACCCGUUCCCCGAGCCGUCAGCCGCGUCGGUCUGCCACCAGGGCUCGAGCCCGGCGGCCGAAGUCCAUUGCCGUCGCCCGAAGCUGAAGCCGAUCAGGUGCGCCGCCCGGUCGCCGCCGGGGACCCCGGAAGGCGGCGGGGGCCCUCGGGCGCGCGCCGGCGACGAUGGGUCGGAGGGUCCGAGCGGCGGGGCUGGGGUCGCCGACGCGGCGGAGGAGAAGCCCGGCGAGGGGGGCGGGGAGCCGGAUAGUCCGGCGCGAUUCUGGGAGGAGCCCUGGUGUUCGUCAUCAGAAGAGGGCGAUGAUGAUGCAUCGGCAAUUGUUAGAGAACCUGAUAACCGCAAGAGGAAGAGAAGUACAAGGAAGGAUCUCGAGCUCUUCAUGAAGAACAUGGUAAUGAAACUGAUUGCUAGGCAGGAGCAGAUGCACUGGGAAUUAGUCCAGAUGUUAGAGAAGAUGGAGAGGGAGAGAAUCAGUAGGGAAGAGGCUUGGCAUCGGCAGGAGAUGGAACAAAUAAAAAGGAAUGAGGAACUAAGAGCGCAAGAGACUUCUCGUAGUCUUGCCCUUAUUUCGUACAUUGAGAAACUCAUGGGCCAUCAAGUCCCUCAACAGUCAAAUAGCUUGUCCAUCGGGGAAGAUGAAGAUGAAAAUCAAGGACCAAAGGAUGUUGAGUUUGAUCCACCGAAUUCGGCAGAAAAGUGCGAUCCAAACCUGAAACAGAAUAAUGAGAGGUGGCCUGCAUCUGAAGUACAGGCUCUCAUAGCUCUCCGAGCGGCCUUGCAACCUAAGCUUCAAUCGGGGUUCAAACGCCCCAUUUGGGAAGAAAUAUCAUGUAGCAUGUCGGCUAUGGGAUACCAGAGGAGCACAAAGAAAUGCAGGGAGAAAUGGGACAACAUAAACAAGUACUUCAAGAAGUCGAUAGAGAAAGGGAAGAAUCAUUCGGCCAAUAGCAAGUCUUGCCCGUAUUUUCAUGACCUAGAUGUAUUGUACAAGGCUGGACUGAUAAAUUCAACCAAAGCCCUUGAUAGCACAAGCCACAAAGAAGAGUGCGAGCCCAGCACUGUCUAAGGUCUUCAGUAUGUUCCAAACGCUUCUGGUGGUAUUCCCAAUUUAAACAUGGCAGAUCGAAAGUCUUUUGAUUGAGGUAGAGAGCUGUUCUCUCCUGUUUUUGCACUGCCAAUCCUCCAAUCUGCGAGUUUACUGUGCUUCUUUUUCUCUGUAAAUGAAACAGUGUUUUUGUCAAGGCGCAAUGUUCUGUUGCCUUGAACCGGAUUUUGCAAAUCGAUGAAGCAGGUGACAACGUAGUGUUGGAAAUACUGUCUUUGAAUACAUUGGUUUAACUGUGAAAUGAUCCAUUUGCGAGCAUCAA